AUGUCCUCCCAGUACUCUACGUCACCUGCUGCCCUGCCCCUUCCUCGGGUGCCAGGUCCUAAGCUUGGCCCUUUCACCCCCGAUGCGCAUGCCGAGAUCAAGUUUAUGGAAGCGCUGGGUAGCUCGGACGACCUAGACAGUGAGGUCUGGAAAGUAGAGAUCAACGGGACAGUCUACGCCCUCAAGAUGUUCGACUUUUGCAGCCCGGGAUAUUUGAAGAACGCGAUAGCCAGGGAACUCGCCCAGCCUCUGUCCUCGCCGCAGGCAUAUGAGGACUACCACGACCCCUUCAACUGUGAGUGUCGCGCCUACGGCAGGCUCGCACAGGAAAAUCGGCUGGAUCUCGCAGUCCCGGCUCACGGAUACCUCCUCCUCACACCGCAGCAGGAGGGGCAAGUCACUGCGAUGAUCACGGGAGACCUGGAGCAUGAGCCAGACGACGAAGAACCCUUGGGUACACUGAACGGAGAAAAGACCUGGGGCCGAUGGGAAGAACAACGGGGACAGCCCAUCCGCGCGAUCGUCAAGGAGCUCGUGGAGGAUGAUGACUUCGAAGAGGCGUUCAAAACAGGCCGGAUCUCCGCGUCAACCAUGUGGCGGGACCUAGAGGACCUGCAUGCCCUCGGGAUCCUGGUCCGGGACAUCCACAUGGGCAACUACAUCGGCGGUAGGCUGGUUGACUUAAGCCGGGCAUGGACCAUGUAUCACCCGGGCCUGGACCGGAUACGCCGCCGCGAUCUGGCACGCUUGAGAAGGCUCGACACGCACGGCCUGUUGGUAAUGCUGCAGGACUGGUGGAUGGAGACUCUGGUUGUGGACGAGCUGGAAAUUCCAGAGAGCCUCGAGCGGUGUGAAGCUGGCGAGAACGACCACGGGACGGAUCCACGGGGGUAUAACUGGCUCCGGUGGGAGGAGGAUGGCGAGGCGGCGACGGCGUAUGUUGAGUUGGAACUUUUUACUAGGGAACCUGAGUGA